AGAGCUCGAUGAACAUCAACAGAAGACGCCACAUCGCUGCCAUAAAUUCAAAUACAUGUAUAUCGAAAUAUAGAUUGGGCCUGUACCGUCACAAGUGCUUUUACCCCUGCCUCUAUAGUAGUUAGGCGUGGGAGAUCAAGUUCUGGAUCAAUCGCUAAGGAAUUGCAUCCCGAUUGAUAUUUAGCAAUCGAAAAAUUGAUUCAACUCUUCCGAGUCCGAGCCGUUUCAUAUUCCAAGCUGUUUCAGUCAUGCCAAGCUACAAAAUAAGCUACUUCAACAUUCGCGGUCUCGCCGAGCCCGCCCGAAUGAUGCUCGCGCUACGAGGCUGUGAGUACGUGGACGAAAGAUUCUCACACGAGGAAUGGCCACAACGAAAGAUUGACAAGGCUGCAUAUCCUCUCGGGCAAGCUCCGGUCCUGACAGUUGAUGGCAAGGUGGUUAUCCCGCAAAUCAGGGCGAUUUGUAGAUAUCUCGCUUCCGAGCUAGAUUUCUUCGGAACAACACGUUUGGAAGGAGCUCAGAUUGACGUCAUCCUGGAAACGCUCACUGACAUCGGAAAAAAACUUGUACCUAUUCUUCUGAACCCAGAUGAAAGUAAGAAGGCUGAAUUGGGGAAAGAGUUUGUCCAGUCUUCUUCCAAACCCUACUUCUCUUAUCUUGACGAACUAAUCAAGGAUGCAGGCGGGAAGUACUUCGUGGGAAACAAGAUCUCAUUGGCGGACAUCGAAGUCUUUCACACGCUGGAUAUGAUGACGAACAGCAAGUACGCUAUAGAGGGCGUCCUCGAUGCCUACCCUCAACUGAGUGCCUUCUACAAGUUCUUCAAGGAGGAAGGUCCUUUGGAUUCUUACCUGAAAUCUCGACCCGUCACGGACGCAUAAUAGGGAGUUUUCGCAACAGUUACCCAGACGCUUUCUGGAACGUAGAGAAUCUACAGUAUUGUCAAAUGUCCUUCAUGACAAUGUACUUUGUCGAGGGUCAGUGAAUCGAAACAGCAGUUUCGUUCGUGACUCUGGGACAAACGAUCGAAAUAUUUGCGAUUUUUCGUCAGCUAUCUUUCUUUUCUUUCUUUCUUUCUUUCUUCCUUCCACCCUUCCUUCUAUCUUUCUUUCUUAUUUAUGUAUUCAUUCUUUUUAGAGUGGUCCAACUAGGCAUUUCUCCCUGGCGCAACGACAUGAAGGUAUUAAAAACAAAAAAUACAAAAGAAAUUUAAAUUUGGGAAUGUGCCGACAAGGUGGUAAGAAUUGCUCAACAUUUAAAAAUCAUUCCCAAUGAGUUUAUACCCAGUAGCUCCCAUCGACUGCAGUCACCAACUUCUUCGAUGGCUUGAGCCAUUUCUAAGGUGAGUCUCGACUUCCAGCUGACCAUGUUUUGCGACACAAGAUUCCGGUUUCUAUCAAACUGUUAUUUUCGGUAUCUUAUCUAUCUCUCCUCUCACCCUUUCUGAACAAAACUGGAACACCCUUUGCUCUAAAUGCUCUUAUCGUGUGAAAUGUAAGGUAGUGAACUUCUGUAAUGUAUAGUAAUGGUGCUAAGUUCGUUAAAACAUAGAUGGCAAAUUCGCAGUAUACAUGUACAUUGCACGAAAAAAAAAAUUGCACCCCAGCCUCCGAUUAACAUUAUGUGAUGUAAACCUUAUAACAAUAUGUUAGAUCCCGCUUCGGAUUGGAAGAUUGUUGUUAUCAAGUUCACUCAAACACAAUCAUUUUGAAUUUCAAAUGCAAUACAACAAGAAGGAGAUGUCAAAAAAUGUAUAAAGUGAAAUUUU